GAGACGCUUGUGUGGCUAGUGAAGCAGUUUGUCCGAUUUAAAAGCACAACAAACUACAAGCCUAGAAUUUUUCACGCAUUUGGCUUCUGAUUUGAUUAUUCUUACUUAAGACUAAGGGUAAGACAGAACGAAGAACUCGAACGAACUGAAGAGGGGUGUGACUGUGCCAAGCUGCCUGUACAAGAGGCACCUGGUCGGGCUAUGUACCAUAGGAAGCCAGUGACAAAGAAAAAACCAAAAAAGAUUGUGAAAAGGUAGGCCAUUUGUGGCCUGCUUGAGGCGAAAGAGCGCAAGAAACCUCCUCCGAAGCGGUGGAGUCGAUCCUUUGUUUCCUCCCAGAGGAGACGAUGUGAAGGAGAAGGUUAAAGGGGCGGUCAGCAAGAAGCGAGCUAAUGCUAAACGUCGAGAGAAUGUGUGGGAAGGGCUUGAUGUGCCAAAGCAGGACGAGACUCCCGGUGAAACACACUCCGAAAGAAGAGGAGUCGAAGAAAAGAUGGCACAAGUGCGAACAAAGGCGAUGGCACCGAAAACGACGGGACCGCCGCUUCGACGGGCGAAGACCGAGGCACCUUCCGGUCACCACGUCCCUGCGGCCGGCGAACGUCCGUGGCAAGAGGGCACCGGGCAUGAGGGCCCCUCGCAACACCAACCAGUUCCUCAUGCAUGAGAAGUACCAGCUCAUGCACAUACACUCAGACUCUGUGGGCACAGACAGCGGCUCAGACUACGACCUCGACCCAGAGGAUAUGGACUCGUACCUGGGGGUUUUGGAAAACGCCUGGGGCGCACUGCUCGACAGUCCAGAUCCAGAGCUCCCAUCUAUGUGCUUCGGUCCACCUGGGUUUUCUAACCUGGACCAUGAGGACAGCAUGCAGUAUUUUCCAUCCGAGACCGACGUCAUGGAAAGUGAAGAUUUCAUGCAAAGGGACUUUAAACAGUUCUGUGACGAUGUGGCUUGCAUAUAAAUCAGUGUGCCACAGGUAAACCGUAUUGUACUCCUCUGCCAGGCCUGUACGAGGGUGGACGAGGUUGUAAUACGUUGAUAUCGCCUUACAUUAAAGCUGCAGUAUGCAACUUGUUUUAUUGUUUUUAACCAAGUACUGACAUGCCAUUUGCACCCACUGAGUGAGGAGCAAAACACAACUGGUGAAGAACGAUUUGCAUGCAGUAAGCAGUAAUAUACUGUAUUUCUACAAGCGGGGUCUUAAAAUCACCAGAAGUUACGUCCUGCAGCUUUAACCCGAUAUCACAGUCCAUUCAGGUGUCAGUACUUUUAUAUUUCCACUGCUGAGCUGCACCAUAAAUGUCUUUAAAUAUCUCAAUAUGAGUUUUUUUUCCGUAUGUGUUUGUGUGUCAUAUCAGCCACCGUUACAAAUAUCCGUGCCUGUUAAAGACCAGACGGACUGUAUCAUUCAUUUUAUGUUUCAAACAAUGUUUCUGACGCCUUUCAUCGUGUGUACUGGCAUGUAUUGUUUUGUUAUGGGAGGAAAGGAGAAGCAGAAGAAGGAGUGAACCCAAACAGCCAAUAAGAGUCACCAUGGGGCCAAACCCAAAAACGGCUCCAUAUAGAGCACUGCAACGGGACGUCGAAGCCCUACGUGAUAUAAAGUGCAGUGUUAUAGGGGGUAAUGAGCCAUGUGGCGUUCAAACAUGUUUACAUUCGAGUGAUAAUAAUGAAAAUAAAAUAACUUUUUUUCAA